AAGAAACUGUAGGUAUUCAGCCCAUGACAAAACAGUCGCGUGGGAGGGCACGAAACUGCAGGCGGCGGCGGCGAGGGGGAGGAGACGCGUGGUCGCGUGGAGGCCCACCUGAUCGACGGCCGCUCGCAACGGCGGCGCGCCGAAUCACCUCGUCGGCCAGCUGAACUUCCUCGACUGCACCAUCGACGCCCUCUCCUCCGUCCGCUCCAAGAGCCACCAGGUUAGCGCCGCAGAUUGCUUGGCAGUAGGAAUUAUGUGUUGAGGCAGAUUGCUGCUAAAAGUAUUGGUCAGUACUCAGUGGAUUGGGGCUGUGCCAACAGUGGAUGCUUGUUGAACGUGAAAGCCAUGUUUGCUGAAGGCUAAACGUCUUCCUGUGCACACAUUGAGUAUAUAUGCACGUACAAGAGCAUUCAGGUUAGAGCAACACCCAUAACUUCCGUUUCCAUGGCCAACAACUUCACUUCUUCAGUUAACAAGCCCAUUACCGAGACCUCCUCGAGAUGCCUGACAGAGUCCAUCAGCACCGCCCACAACUUUGAGGUGACUAGCUACUCUCUGCUCCAGGGUAUGGGUGCCGGCAAGUUCAUUAGCACGAACACAUUCAGUGUCAGCGGCUACGGCUGGAACAUCAGAAUAUAUCCUGAUGGAUUGAAGGAGGGUACAGAUGCCUACAUGUCGGCCUUCUUGUGUUUCUGCAGUGGGACUACAGAUGCAAAGGUGAAGUUCACUUUUAGUUUAUUGGAGAAAGAUAGAAAAGUUAAUAAGCUAGAAAGCGCGACAAAUACCUUUACGCCAGUAGGUGGUACUUGGGGCUGGGAGAACUUUAUUGCGAACAACAAACUUAAGGAACUGCUAUCUUGCAAUGACGACUGCUUCACAAUCAGAUGUGUUUUGACGGUCUUCAAAGAGCCUGGCAUAGAAGAUAGCACAGUCAUAGUCCCAGUUCCGCAGUCGGAUCUGCACACACACUUUGCAAACAUGUUGAAGGAUGGAGAAGGCAUGGAUGUGACAUUCAGUGUCCGUGAUCAACUCUUCGAUGCACACAGAUGCAUGUUAGCUGCGCGAUCGUCUGUCUUCAAGGCCGAGCUCUUUGGUGAAAUGAAAGAGACCACCAUGAAACACGUCAAGAUUGAUGACAUGGAGCCUUCCAUCUUUGAGGCACUUCUUCACUUCAUAUACACGGAUACUCUGCCAAGCAACUGUGAGGUUGAUCAGAAUGUGGCAUUGCAGCACUUGUUGGUUGCCGCAGACCGGUAUGGACUGGACAGGCUAAAGGCUAUUUGUGAAGGGAAACUAUGCGAGAGAAUUGAUGUGCAAACAGUUGCAACCACCCUUGCUUUAGCGGAGCAGCACGGCACCUUGCAACUCAAGAAUGCUUGUCUCAGAUACCUUUCUUCACAGGGUGUGCUUCAAGCUGUCAAGGAGACUGAUGAAUUCAAGCACCUCAUAACAAGCUGCCCAUCAAUUAUGGUGGACAUUUUAGACAUAGUCGCCCCACCUUCAGUAGUAUGAGCAGUCUGGCUGAGUAUUUAGUAGUAUCCGACUUGUCCGACUUCAAGCUGUCAAGUGUGAAGAUCUAGUACUAGUACUCUACUAUCGAUUUUUAUCAUCUGUCCAGUGUAUCCACUGUAAGACUGAACUUUCUCUUCGGGAAUGUGUGCUCUGUGGUCUGACUUAUUGGCACUGAAAAUUCUACUACUAGUAAUUAAUUUUGUUGACUGUAA